UUUUCAGUGUUAGUUUUUCUUUUUCAACGGGUGUUUUGCUAGCCUUAAAAUGUUCCCUUCUUUGAUAAGUGAUUGUUUAAAAAGUAUAUGUACUAUAUAGCGCCAAUAGCAAGUACGCUGUGCGUCCUAUCUCAGAAUUGUUUUCAGUGAAUUUAUAGAUUCUUGGUUCACAAUUUGAACACAAAUUACUAGAGGGUAUACGGAGGCCAUAUAGGUUAAAAUUAUUUUGGAACAACUUCAGAAUAUCGUCUACGCUACUUUGUCAAUAAGGAACUUCACUUGCAGGCGGUUACAGUGACGAGGCCAUGAUGCAUGCGUACGUUAGGACACUGCCGUGUAUGCCACAUCGACACGCAUGGACGUUCUACUUUGUUCUGGACCCCCCCCCCCCGACGAGUUUGGUGACACCAUAUUCUUGUCACUUCGUCGUCAACACAGACUCGGAGCUAUAGAUCCAUGGUAGUCAGUCACCAGCCUGACUGAACAAUGAUGAAGUCCACAUAUGGCUUACAGAACUAGCCCAAAGAGAAGGCAGUGCACUGCGUGUGCGAUGUGGAAAAUCACCUCUGGUGCCAGUCGUUAUGUCCCAUCGAGGUUGUGUGGAAAAUUGACCAAUUUUGUGGAAAUGUGGAGAUUGAUGUAGAUUUCAGGCAUUUGAACUCAGAAGUUGCUUGUGGGCGCUGUUUUCCACUGUUAGCUUUGUGUCGACAUUACCUUGCAGAAUACCAACUCAUGUCGAGAUCGAGUGGUUCGUGCGCGUGUCGACUUGACCUCACACCUGGAGCUUACUGGGGGAAAAAAACAUACGCCUUUUUUACGUUUCAUGUGCGCAUGCUCAGACGAUUUAACAGAGGAGAACAAAAUAAUUCACGACAACAACUUUGCGUAACGUUUGACGAAUGGAUGCUUGCGAUUGUUAUUGUAGACAAUUCGUCAAUCCCCUCUAUAGCUUUGUAAGUUAGUCGCGCGGGGGCGCCAAAAUCAACAUGGAAAUUGGCUUACAUACGACAAUCUCGACUGGAGAUCGAGUCGAUUGAUCUGGACGCAAACACCGACGUCCGUGUUUGCAACUUGGGGCAAAUAUUGGACGUGAACAUUGACGUCAAUAAAGUUGACCACUGUCCAUGUCUCUUAUCUUUGGGACACCAUGGAUAAACGCGGCACCACGCACUGGGCUUGCAUGCCCCGACAUUAGCCUUUCCUCCAGCAUGUACGUACAUGCCCUUUGACCCUCCUGGAUCCUACGAGCGCCUCUAGCUCUAUAACUAUAUGACCUAGCCAGCUGUGCAGUCCUUCGAGUCGAAAUCAACGGCUGGAAUGGACCCGAAAAUCGAACAAUUACAACUCUCUAAUGGAGUCCAGAUGCCUGUCCUCGGAAUAGGAACUUCACAUACGGGCGGUUACAGCGACGAAGCCGUGGUGCAUGCGUUAGGACACUGCCGCGUACGCCACAUCGACACGGCCAGGCGCUAUUGGUGCGAGGACCUGGUUGGGGCGUCCCUGAGAAAAAGCGGGGUCGCCAGGGAGCAGGUCUUCAUCACCAGCAAGUUGUGGCCGAGUGAGUAUGGCUACCACGAGACCAGGGCUGCAUUCCAAGAUUCACUCCAGCAAGUAGGCGUGGAAUACUUUGAUCUUUACUUGCUUCACUGGCCCUAUUCCCCAGAAGGAACCAACACCAAGCAACUCAUCAGUGAGUCCUGGAGAGCGCUUGAGGAGUUCUACUCACAAGGUCUGUGUAAGGCAAUUGGAGUGAGCAACUUUCAGAUUUCCGACUUGAAAAAUUUGGAAGAAACCUGGAAUGUUGUUCCGCACGUUAAUCAGCUGGAGAUACAUAUAUUCAGCUAUCCCCAAAAGCUCAUUGAAUAUUGCAGAAGUCUUGGAAUGCAAAUUGUGGCUUACAGUCCACUUGCGAGAGGGGAGGCGCUGACCCACCCAAGAGUGAUGGAACUUGCCACGAGAUACAAGAGAACGAGCAGCCAGAUUCUCAAUCGAUGGAUUCUUCAGCAUGGAAUUGCAACUAUACCGAAAUCUACUAAAUGUCAGCGCGUGGAAGAAAAUAGCAAGGUAUUUGACUUCGUGCUGACGGCCGAAGACAUGGAAGCCCUGGACGCCAUUCACAAGACCGAUUCCCACAGCGUCUUUCGCAUCUCCAGCCUGAGCCUAGCUAUUUUUAACAGCCGGAAAUUAUGAGUCUCCAACGUGCAUUGAAAAUGUUCACUCGUAUUCUUUAGAAAUAUAGUUUCUUCAGGGGAAGUUCGAAGAAGCCAUUGGAAAGAGACAAAACAUGCUCAGUCAUCUUUGAGAGUGGGAUUUGGCUCGUACGGUAUGAAACUAUACCCGUAUUCUACCGUUUUUAAAUGAACUUGCUAGCCACAAAACUAUGAAGGGAUUUUUUUUUUAAA